GCGCGGGCCAGCCCUGCGCCGCGCGCCGGCCCUGAGACGCCCGCGGGCUGCCAGGCCUCGCCGGUGGCGGCGCGGAGCCCCUUCGACACCGACGGCGCCGUAUGCUGCCGCGGCUCCCCGCGCGCCGGCGACUCGCCCGCGCGGCUCCGGAGCCUUCCCACGCCAGCGCGGCGCCGCGGAACCGGCGCCGCACUCGCCGCCGCCGGCGAUGCCGCCGCGGGCGGUGAUAGCGCGGCCGCGGUCGACGGCGUGUGCGGGGGCUCUGCCCGCGAGGCGCCGUCGGCGCCGGCCCCGUUCCCGUGCCCGUGCGAGCGGCCCGCGCCCGCGUGCGGUGGCUCACCGGGCGGCGCGCCGCCCGUCGGCCAGGCCGGCGAGGCAGAGGCGGCGGCCGCGCCGCGGUUGCCGUGCGCGAGCAGCGCUGCGGAGGCGGAGGCCGCGGCCGGCGCGGGCGGGCCGGGAGCGGGCGCCGAGGCGGCACCGCGAGGGCGGCCGCUUGGAGGGCGGCCCUCCUGGGGCAUGCAGGACGGAAGGUGGCGCCAGCUCGGCCUGCGGCGCGGCGUGCCCGCAGCCACUGUCGAGCAGGCCGUGAGGGCGUACUGCCUGUCCGUCUGCGCCUCGGCGGCGGCCCGGGCGGGCCGCGCGGGCCCGGGCGAGGAGGCGGGCGCCUGCGCUCCCGGGCGUGCGCCCGCGCCGCCCGUGGACGCCUGCAGCCCGCCCUGCCGCGCCCCCUCGCGCGGGGCCGGCAAGCGGUGGAGCCCAGGCGACGGCGCAGAUACCGCCACGACCGCUGGGCCCUCUGGCCAGGCGACGCCCGCGUGGAGCUGCCUCGACACCUCCCGCAGCGACCGCCCCGGCUCGCCCGACCUGCCCGACGCCGUGCUCCAGGCGGCGCAUACCCUGCUCGACGGGGGCGCCGGCGCGAAGCCGGCGGCGGCCGACGCCGUGACCCAGGGCGCGGGCGCGCCGGCGGCGGCGGCGGCCCUAUCGGCCGCCGUGGCGCUGCGCCGCGCCAUGGGGCUGCAGGCGGCCGCCGGUGGCGCCGCGCCGCGCGCCGCCGGCUGA